UCUCAGAUUGAGUUACCUGCAGAGUCACCUAUCACUCACCUGCUCCCGCGUAGCCUCCUCAGCGACUGUUUUCUGGGAACAAACAAACGUCUGCGCGCUGUGUUGAACAGCAACUCGGGAAGUUUCCAGUUUUGGGAAUCCGGCGAUUUAUUGUACCUCGCAACAGGAGGUUUACAGAUAUCGAUCGAUUUCCCGCGUGGGCUUAUUUGUUGAUCGGCCGCAGGCUGUUAUGGAAGGCUGAUGCCUCAGGCGCUUCCUUGCCCACGUUUGUCACCUUGAGCAUCCCGUCCGGAAAACGCCACUGUGAGUUCCUGUGAGGGGUGGAUGCCUUAAAUCAUGAGUAUCAUGGGACCUCCGUCAGGACAAGCCAAUGGAGUGGCCAGAUCGGACAGCAAGAUCAGCGCCAAGGCCCUCUACGAACAAAGGAAAAAAUACUCCAACUCCAAUUUUAUCAUGCAGGAGACGUCGCAGUAUCAUGUUGAGCAUCUCUCCACGUUCAUUAUGGACAAGACGGAGUCCAUUGUCACAGUGGACGACGCCAUCAAGAAACUGGUCCUUCUGGACUCAAAGGACAAAAUAUGGACGCAGGAGAUGCUCCUCCAGGUCACCGACAAGGCGGUCAGACUGCUAGACUGUGACACACAGGAGGAGUUGGAGAACUUUCCUCUCCCCACCAUCCACAUGUGUCAGACGGUGCUGAAUCAAACACGUUACCCGUCUGUGCUGCUGCUCGUGUGUCAGGACAAGGAACAGCACAAACCCGACAUCCACUUCUUCCACUGUGACGAGGUGGAGGCUGAGAUGGUUUAUGCAGAUAUCGACAGUGCCAUUGGAGACAACAAGCAUGGGAAGAAAAUGAGACUUCAGACUCUGAAAGUGAAUCAGGAGAAAAUGAAACGUCACAGAGAAACUAUCCUCCCACCCACAGCCCCUAAGGGCCCCUCACCUGCUCCAAAGGGACGAGUUGCUGCCACAAACACACAGCAGGACAGACGAGUCUCCGGGCAAAAUGACAUAGAAUCACAUGAAAAGCUGGCCCAGCGCAUUGAGAAGGAUGUGCAAAUCCUCAACUGUGCCCUGGACGACAUAGAAAUCUUUGUGGCGCGGGUGCAAAAGGCAGCAGAGGCCUUUUCCCAGCUCAACCAGCGCAACAAGAGUAAGAAGAAUAAGAAGAAAGGACCAGCAGAGGGCAUGCUGACCCUACGAGCCAAGCCUCCCUCUGAAGCGGAGUUCAUUGAUAGCCUGCAGAAACUGAAGCUGGCCCUGAACCUCUUGGCCAAACUGAAGAAACACAUACAGAAUCCAAGCGCAUCUGAACUGGUUCAUUUCCUCUUUGGACCUCUGGAGCUGGUGCUGCAGAGCUGCGGGAGUCCUGAACUGCCACGCUCAGUCAUCUCUCCUCACCUUUCUAAAGAUGCUGUUGACUUCCUGCGGGGACACCUCUCCCCCAAAGAGAUGACCAUCUUUGAGCUGCUGGGGGACGGAUGGACCAGACCCAGAGCUGAGUGGCCCAGAGAUCAGUGUGCUCCUCCUUAUUACCCAAAGUUUCGUAACGGCUGGGAACCACCGGCAGAGCUCUUCAGGACGGCCCCAUGGGAAACAGAGGGACCCACAGGGCCGCUGGGGUCCCCCACCAGCCCCAAUUACAGGAAACACUCAGUGGAUGAAUUUUAUGGAUCUAAUUCCUCAAACUCAUCAAAUGGGUCUUACAACGGGAAGACCCACACCCGCAAAUAUGCCAAAAUUCGCUACCACUUUGUAGCGCGGAAUGCCACCGAGCUGUCUGUGCUGCAGGAUGAAAUCCUUGAGGUGAUAGAGGAUGACAAGCAGUGGUGGAAACUACGGAAUCGCAGUGGCCAGGCCGGCUACGUCCCGUUUAACAUCCUAGACGUUGUGAGGGUAGAGGAGCCAGAGGGCAUCUACGGCCAGCAAGGCUACCCUACGUCACCUCCUGGUCCUCUGAGCCAUGGAGACAGUUUCAACAAGGGCAGACCUAAAGACAAAAAGAUGGAUGACGUCAGAGAUGAGUUAUUGAUGAUGAUCACAGCUAACAAAACCCAGCCACCAACCAGGAAGUUCCGUGUGGAGCGAUCAUCUGGCAACGAUGUACCUCUCACCUUCGACUCAAACCCAGAGCAGGUGACCGCAUGGCUCAGCGCAAAGGCUUUCUCAAAACCGACGGUUGAAUGUUUGGGGAUUCUGACUGGAGCCCAACUGUUUUCCCUCAACAAAGAAGAACUGAAGGCGGUGUGCGGAGACGAGGGUGGUCGUGUGUACUGUCAAGUCACCUUACAGAAGACACAGCUAGAGAAGACCAGUGGAGACUCUGAGCUGCAGGAGAUCAUGAAGCGGAGGCAGGAGAGGAUCGACUCUGGCAGCAAAGACUGAACCUGCUGACCAGUGUGACCCAUCCGGACGCUUCCUCACCCUCACUGCUUUCUAACCACAGCAGCUUCUUAAAUCAGUCUAUUGUUAAUUAUGAACUGGAACUGGAGCGUACUAGGAACUUACUGAAAAUGUUGUAUAAAUUUUAAUUGUAUAUUUAUUUUGUAUCAUGCGACAUGUAUGUACUCAAGUUUUUUCUUAUCUAAUUAUGUUGCUUCUGUUUUCACUGUCUCAGUAGAUUUCAGUCGUUAAAGAGACAUUUGUGUAUGAAAAGAGGAACAUACGACAUUAUGUACAGUUUGGUGUGUGUGUGCGCGCGCAUGUAUAUGCACGACAUGUAUGUAAAGUACAUAUUUGUACGUACAGUGUAGUCGUUGUUUAUGCUCAUUGUCAAUAUUACAGCUGUUUACUAAAUGACUGGGUAAAUUACGUAGAUCUUAGCUAUUGUGUAUCUAAAUCUGUGCCAGAAUGUGUGACACAACUUCUGAUAUAUAGCCAAUUAUUUUCAUAUUGCUGUUUACAGAUAUAGAAAAUAAUAUACCAUGCUCUGUCAUAGUCCAGAUAUCAGAAAUACAGGACUCACCCUGGUUGGUAACUGCAGAUCAGCAGUAGAUUUUAGCAUAAAUUUCAGUUUCUAAUCAUAAUUCAGACAUUCUGGUGAGCUUUGCAGCAAAGAGAAAGUCACAAUAAUCCUGCAUGAAGUCAUUGUCAAUAAUAGUGAAAUGCUGUCAUUAAUGUGUUUUUUUGCAGCACGGUAUUUUGCAAAAUUAAGGAGUACAGGAUACAGGAAAAUCUGUUGCUCUGCGAUGAAUAAUUAAAUGAAGAUUUAGGCGAAAUAUUCAAGGGGGUUGUAAAUAUUUUGGGACGCAGUGUUUAAAAAACAUAAUUAAAAAUAAACUUGCUAAAUAUUUGA